CUCUGCCCCUGCUUCAUACUCCUCCUGUGUCUGAGAUGGGACGGGAAGAAGGCGGGCGCCGCUCCUCCUCCAGUUUUCUUCGGCUGCUGCGGCGGUAGCUGCGAAAGGCGUCAAGCUGGAGGCGGCCGGUGGAGAUGCCAUGUUGGACACAAAGGCAGGCCCAGUGCAGAUUGUGCUUGUGCACAAAGCAGAGCACUCCUUUGAGCUAGAUGAAAAGGCGCUGAGCCGCGUCCUGCUGCAGGAUGCCAUCCGGGACCUGGACGUGGUGGUGGUGUCGGUGGCUGGCGCCUUCCGUAAGGGCAAAUCUUUCCUCCUCGACUUCCUGCUGCGUUACCUUUACACACAGAAAGAAGGAGGAACCACCGACUGGCUGGGCAGCAAUGAUGAACCUUUGACUGGCUUCUCCUGGCGUGGCGGCUCCGACCCCGAUACCACCGGCAUCCAGAUCUGGAGUGAAGUGUUCAUUGUGGAAAAACCAAGCGGGAAGAAGGUGGCAGUGGUUCUGAUGGACACUCAGGGAGCCUUUGACAGUCAGUCAACAGUCAAGGACUGUGCCACCAUCUUUGCACUCAGCACCAUGACAAGUUCUGUACAAAUAUACAACCUGUCCCAGAACAUCCAGGAAGAUGACCUCCAGCAGCUGCAGCUCUUCACUGAGUAUGGGCGUUUGGCCAUGGAUGAGAUAUUCCUCAAGCCAUUCCAGACCCUGAUGUUCUUGGUCCGUGACUGGAGCUUCCCUUAUGAGUAUCCAUAUGGUCUGAAUGGAGGCAUGAGGUUCCUGGAUAAACGGUUGGAGGUAAAAUCUCAUCAGCAUGAGGAGAUCCAAAAUGUCCGCAAACACAUCCAUUCCUGCUUCACUAAGGUCAACUGUUUUCUCCUGCCGCACCCAGGCCUCAAGGUGGCCACCAGCCCAAAUUUUGAUGGACGCCUGCAUGACAUUGCAGAUGAAUUCAAAGAUCAGCUGAAGCAGUUGAUCCCGUUUGUGUUGGAUCCAAGCCAGCUCUUGGAGAAGGAGAUCAAUGGUUCCAAAGUUACCUGUCGGGGUUUGCUGGAGUACUUCAGGGCUUACAUCAAGAUCUACCAGGGGGAAGACCUGCCUCAUCCCAAGUCCAUGUUGUUGGCCACCGCUGAAGCCAACAACUUGGCUGCCGUCGCUUCAGCCAAGGAUCUUUAUUACACCAACAUGGAGAAGCUCUGUGGUGGGGACAAGCCUUAUGUCGCACCGGAGUUGCUGGAGGAGAAGCAUCGUGUGCAGAGUGCUUUGGCUGUGGAGCAUUUCCAGCGCAUUAAGAAGAUGGGAGGCAGGGAGUUCAGCCAGCGCUAUGAGGACGAGCUGGUGAAGGAGCUGAAUGAGCUAUUCCAGGACCUUGCCAAGCACAACCAGAGCAAGAAUAUCUUCAGCACCUUCCGGACACCUGGCAUCAUCUUCAGCCUCAUUGUCUCACUUUACUUGGGCUCUGGCAUCACAGAUUAUGUCGGGCUCAAUUUUCUCGCCCAGAUCUGUAACCUCAUAGUGGGGCUGUUGCUGCUCUCCCUCGCGGCCUGGGCUUACAUCCGCUAUUCUGGCCAGUACCGUGAACUGGGGGUCGUCAUUGACACCACUGCUGAGUUUCUGUUGCAAAGGGCCACCAACCGCACAAAUAGUUCCACCCAGGUUGCAGAAACCAGCCGGCAACCGGCAGGAAGGGUUUUGGAGGACAAGAAAAACAAGUGAGGGCUGAAUCCGAAAGGUCCAAACUGCAGCUGAAGCGGAUGCCUCGCUACAGCUUGCGAAUCCAGGAAUCGCUUGCAGGGCUUCUAGAGAGCAGCUCCAAGCUCUGGAUAUCCCUUUGCUUACAGUUAAUCUUCCUUUUUUAUAUUUUUAAGACCAGCCUUCAUACAUUUUUAUUGCUUCAUUUUUUAAAAAUUUUUUUGCACUUUAACAAAAGGAAAAAAAGAAAAAGAAAACAGCUUUAAGUUCUUUCUGUACCAGUUAGUGCCUUUCUCGAAAAGAGGGGGGGAAACCCUACAAACAUUACACUGUGUGCUGAUCUCGUUCCUUCAGCUACCUGCUCUUUUCUGGAUGCUUGUCAACAAUGAUGCCAGUUAGUAAAAUGGAUGGUUCAGUUUGCUGGGGCCUUUUGCCGAUGGAGCUCUUUCUCUUGAGGAACUUUUUCCUUGACGUGGAAGAUGAUGGAAAGCAUUUUAGUAUCUGCUGGGUCCAAUCGAAAGGAAAAGAAAAGCAACCCCCGUGUUCCUUUGCAAACCUUUUUGUGCCUUUUGUGAAGCUGAGCAGCACCCUUGUAUUUCUGGCUGGACAGAGAGCCUUGUAUGGCUAGCUACUUGCCUUACAGACCAAUCCCAGUCAGUUUGAGUUGCAGAGUCUGACCAUAUUGAACAUCUGAUCCCUCCUUCCUUGCUUGCAGUUGUCUCCAUGCAUUCCUUGGAUUGUUCCCAUUCUGAGUUCUGGUUUGUUUUCUAGACUGCACUUAAUUCUCUCAUGAUGUAAACACUAUGGACCCUCAUUUAGCCUUCAGAUGCAGGAUACCAUCCAUUUUCCUUGGCUGUGGGGAAGGAAAUAACAGUGUGGGAGGCAGGGUGCUUUUAGAGUAAUUUAACGCUUGGAGAACAUAAGCCAGGAUCAGAAACAUGUGACUCCAGAUGUUGGAUUUCAGUUCCUCAUCACUAGUUAUGCUGAUGGGAUUUGCAGUCCAAGAACAUCUGGAGGGGCUCAUAAGCACCACAACUGUUUUCAAUUGGAAAUCUGGGAAUGUGUGUUGGUCAGGUGUAAGGAAGUGGCAGUUAGAUUACCCCUGAACCGUUCUGGUCUCUGUCCCACAUCGGCCACUGACAUUAGCUCACCCCACACCAACAUUAAUUUUCUCUUCUCCCUGCAAAAAGGAGUGCAGAAGUCCAUAUGUUCCUUUGCACAAAAAAUGCCGCUGCCAAGGCCAGUCUGGGACUGGAAAUAAUAGGGGUAUUUGACUCCAUCCCACUCACAUUUCCAGUUGAGGGUGGACACAAGGAUCCUGCUGUGAGAUGGGAGAGACCAGGGGCCGUUUCCUUGCAUUUUCCUCCUUUCAUUUGCUUCUGCUGCUGCAAAAAAUGGUGGCCAUAGAGGGGUGAAGAGACAUACUAUCUAGUCAAUGGGCAGAGAUGUCAGGCUAAAUUCUAUUUAGGGAAUUGUGAACAAGUGUAGGAAAUGCAUUCCCCUGGAGUGGGAAAAGGAGUCUCACCUGGCUGGGUUAGCAUUCCACAUAUAUUCCUGGAUAGGAUGAUGGAACAGGACCUUCCAAUUCUGUGUUUCAGGUUGAAAGCAAUCCAUUCUAACUCCUGCUAGUCUUCUGCUUUGCCUCACUUCCGUAAUUCACCAAAACAAGCUUACCAUCUCCGCCAUGAUGGUUAGCAACCCUUAGUCUGUAGGAACCUGUUUUGGGGAGGCUGCUGGGAAUGUUGGGUCUGGUGCUUCUUCUGAGGCCUAUUUCUUAAUCCUUGCUCUGAAACAUGUGCUGUACCAAAAAACCCAAAUAUUGUUAUCCUUUGUACAUCAAAUUCUCCUUGUCACUGCUAUCUUUCCUGGGCCACUUAAUAGCUUUUGCUCCAUCUUGAUCUUUCCUUUGCUGUUUUUCUCUUCCUUUUCACCUAAAUAAUUGUCCAUUCUUUCUGAUACAUAAGCACAAGACAAACUUGAAUCUGCUUUAUUUAGACCAAUUGAGUUGAGGGGUGCAUGGGAGGGGAGGAACAUGGAGUGGGCAUGGUGCAACUGACAUUCCUUCUGCCCUAUAGAUUGUGGCAACUGACCCCUUACGGUUCCUGCUUUUGUUCCAUGGCAAUUCCCCUUUCAUGCUGGAGGCUUUCACAGCACAUACAUUGGCUUCUGUUUAUAUGGACAGCUACUGCGUAAUCUACAAGGUUAUGGAGUAGUAAAGCCAUCAGUGUGACGUUGUCCCUCUUGUGUAGCUUAUGGGAAGAGUGGUUGGCUUGUGAGAAUGGAGUCCCAUCUCGUAAAGGCAUUUUGGAUAUUAUUCCUCUAGCUUUCAGGGCAUCUUCUCAACCAGUGGUUCUUAAACGUUGGUCCUCCAGAUGUUUUGGAGUUCAGCUCUGAGAAAUCCUAUUCCUUGCCUAGCGGACUAUGGCUUCUGGGAAAUGAGGUCCAAAACACCUGGAGGACCAAAGUUUGGGAAUCAGUAUGCUAGACAACUCUUUGUCUAUGUUGUAUGUUAUCUCUGCUCCUUCUGUAACCUUGUGCCAUCCAGGUGUAUUGGUAUACAACUCCAGAUGUCAUCUUGGCUGUGGACGAUGUGGGCUGUAGUCUCGCACAUCUAGAGAGCACUUGGUUGAGAAGAAAUGUAUGAGUUGUUCAUCCCAUCUUCAGUCUGCUGUUAUAACCCUUUUGAAGGAUUUUUCAAGGAGAUAAGCAUGUACUGUAAUGUGCUUGUGCCCCUCCUCGUCUGUUACUAGUGCUUGUAAGCUACCCCAGCGACAUCAAAACUGACUGUGGAAUUCAUUUCCAUUCCACCCCACACUUUCCGCAUCCGCGUAAGGUAUGGAGUCAGCCUUGUAUUCCUUGUACAAACAGAUAUGUGUACGUUGCAGAUAUUUCCCUUUUUUGCACUCUUUACUGUUUGGCAAGAUGUCCCUCUAUGCAUUCCUGCAUGCCUUGAAAUUAGUUUGAAACUUGAAUUACCUUUGAAAGGUAUAGAUUCUUAUGAGGCGUGCCUUUUCAAUGUAUACGUUCUCCAGAGAGGGAGGGAAUCAUUACACUCAGAUUGGGCACCUGCUUUUAUUUUUCCAUUCCAAGAAAUAAUAAUAGUCAUUUGUGAGAGGAUAAGGGAAACGGGACCGAUGUAUGUGUUUAGAUAGGCAAGUUGUACUGGCACUUUUCUUGCUGUUGGGAGCCUUGCUUCCCUUCUUCCCUCCCUGUUUUACGAACUCUCUCCACAAUUUUCUUAGUCGUAUUUUAAAUGUUUCUGCUGGGAACCAACGCUAUGGGGAUAUAGAUGCCAAAUUGUAUUUAUACAUUGCAAAGAGCGAAACAGAAAAACAGAACAAGAUUUCCAUUUUUGCAACUACAAAAAUAAAGACUAAGAUACUGAAACAUUA